GUCGUGGGCCCCGUCUCCCGCCGACUAACGAAAAAUCCAAACAGCUUGACCCCUCUACAGCGUGUCGCCGUCGGCCUUGCCCUCUCCGUCCUCGCCAUGGCCGCCGCCGCUCUCAUCGAACGCCACCGCCUCGAGACUCUACACUCAUCGGUGACACUGAGUGUGUUCUGGCUCGUGCCCCAGUUUUUCCUGGUGGGCGCCGGAGAGGCGUUUUGUUACAUGGGACAGUUGGACUUUUUCCUGCGAGAGUGUCCGAAGGGGAUGAAGACUAUGAGCACGGGGAUGUUUCUGAGUACACUUUCACUGGGUUUUUUCCUGAGUUCAGCACUUGUGACCAUUGUUCACAAAAUGACAGGUGAGAGUGGGCCAAGAGCUUGGUUGCCGGAUGAUCUGAACAAGGGGAGGUUGGAUUAUUUUUACUGGUUGUUGGCGGUGCUGAGCGCGGCGAACUUGGUGGUGUUCUUGGUUGCGGCGAAGUGGUAUGUAUAUAAGGAGGCCAGGAUUGAGGGUGGUGUGGAGAUGGAGGAUGUUGAGGCCACUUGCCAUGCUUGAUGAGCAUGAUGAAGAUUCCUAGCUAGCUUCUAAGUUUUGAGAUCCUUUAAAAAAAAGAAAAAGAAAAGAAAAAGAAAUCAGAGGUCGAUCUUGAAGAUGAGCAUUGGCUUUUUUUUCGUCGGUUGGUUUUGCUUAUGGGUUGUUAUAUCAUGAUCUUGUAUAAAAGGGUUUCAUGAACUUAUAAUGCAAGAAUGAAAAUAAUUUUUGUAAGUCUAAUGUAUUAUCAUCUACUCAUCUGGUUGUAGCGUGCUAAAAUCCAUAUGAAAAAAUGGGGGAUUUUAUUUCA